AUGGUGUUUGGGUCCAUAAUGGCAUUGUAUUCUCUGAUGAGCCUGGCAUUGCUGUUCCUCAGUGUUAAUGCUGUGACAGCACACAAGAACAAAAGAGUAUGGACAGCAAGGAUCAAACGGCAAGCCACAGAUGGUAGUGGCAACACCAACAAUCAGAGCCAACCCAUGAUCUUCAACCAUGUGUACAACAUUAAUGUUCCACUAGAGUCCCUGUGCUCAGUGGAUCUGGGAUCAAAGGGAUCCAAAGGGAGUGAUAAAUCUGAUGAGGAGUAUGAGGAGCAAUCAAUGGACUUGGACAGCCAGGUGACUUUCACCCACCGCAUCAACAUCCCCAAGACAGUGUGUUCAUGCCCAGCUUCAGCCAUGCUACAGCAGCUAGUCAGUCGCAUAGAAAUGCUGGAGAGAGAAGUUUCACUGCUCAGGGCACAGUGUAGCGGUGCUUGCUGUGGAGAGAACUUAGUCCUGGGCCGGCUGGAUUUUGGCCCUCACUGCAGUGGUCAUGGCACCUUCAACAUGGAUGUUUGUGGCUGUGUGUGUGAUGAAGGCUGGAUGGGGAAGAACUGCUCAGAGCCACAAUGUCUGGGGAACUGCUCUGGCCAGGGUGUGUGUGUAGAAGGCGUGUGUGUGUGUGACACUGACUUCAGUGGAGAAAACUGCUCAGAGCCUAGAUGCCCUGGUGACUGCUCAGGCCAAGGUGUAUGUAUUGAUGGAGAAUGUGUGUGUGAGGAGGCCUACUCCGGAGAUGAUUGCUCCAUGAACAGAUGUCUGAAUGACUGUUCUGAACAGGGGUUCUGUGUCAAUGGAACUUGCCAGUGCAGGCUGGGAUUCUUAGGUGAAGAUUGCUCACGUAUCUCCUGCGCUAACAACUGCAGCCAUAAGGGAGAAUGUAAGGAUGGAUUCUGUGUGUGCCAGGCGGGCUACAUGGGAGAUGAAUGUGCAUCAGUGGCACCACCUACGAAUUUGCAAGUGCGUGGAGUGAUGGAGCGUACUAUUGACAUAGAUUGGGAGGGGUCAUCUGUUGUAACAGACUACUUGAUCACUUAUGUUCCAACAAGCCCUGGUGGAGUACAGCUGGAACUGAGAGUUCAAGGGAAUGUGACCAGAACCACCAUCAGUAAGCUGGAGCCAGGUCUGGAGUAUAAGAUCAAUGUGUACACUGUCAUUGAUGAUGUCAUCAGUGUGCCAGUCACCACUGUGGUCUCAACCUAUCUCUCAAAUCCUGAUGGUCUAUUCUUCAAAUCUAUUAUGGAAACAUCAGUGGAGGUUCAGUGGCAACCUUUUGACUACUUGUUUGAUGGUUGGGAAAUAAGCUUCAUUCCAAAGGGCAAUGAUGGAGGAAUGACAACCCAGCUGCCCAGCACCAUCACAUCCUACCAUCAGACUGGUCUAAGGCCUGGAGAGGAGUAUACUGUGAAUCUGGUGGCACUGAAAGACCAAGGCAGGAGCCAGCCUGUCACUGCCACUGUUACCACAUUAAUUGAUGGACCAACCCAGCUUAUUAUCCGGGAUGUCUCGGACACAGUGGCAUUUGUAGAAUGGACUCUGCCCAAGGCCAAAGUGGAUGAAAUCAUCCUGCGCUAUGGAAUAGUAGGUUAUGAUGGACCCAAGACCACUUUUCAUUUGGACCCAACACUGAGUCAGUACUCACUACAAGUCCUAAGGCCAGGCUCCAGAUAUGAAGUGUUGGUGAGCAGUUUUCACAAGGGCAAUGAAAGUAGAAUCAUCUCUGCUGAGUUUGUUACAGAGAUUGAUCCACCCAAACAUUUGCGGGUACUCUCUAAGACAUCCACAUCUCUGGAGCUGGAGUGGGACAACAGCAAGGCUGCUGUGAAGUAUUAUUGUGUUGUGUAUAGUACACUGGCCGGAGAUCAGUACAAUAAAAUCAUAAUCCCAAGUAGCAAUGGAACAACAACCAAGACCACUCUCACAAAUCUGCAACCAGGUACUGAAUAUGGCAUUGGGAUCUCAGCCAUUCUGGGUACCAACCAAAGCAACCCAGCCACAAUGAAUGCCAGGACAGGUCUUGACAUCCCCAUGGACCUGAUGGUCACAGCCUCCACAGAAAACAGCAUCACUUUACUCUGGGGCUUGGUCCAGGGACCAGUUGAGAAUUACAGAGUGAGCUAUACCUCAGCUAGCGGUGUGACCACUGAAAUAACUGUACCUAGAGAUAUCAACAGCACGACACUGAGUGGCCUGGAGCCUGGUACUGAGUACACCAUCACAGUCAUGGCUCAGAGGGGCAGACAACAAAGCGCAGCUGCCACAAUUGAUGCCUUUACAGGCUUCCGUCCUGUGAGUCAACUCUACUUCUCAGACAUCACAGCUCACUCCUUGGUCGUAGCCUGGAGUGCUCCAGCCCCACCUGCUGAUAGUUUCAAGCUACAAUACUCUACAGAUGAUUUCACUGAGGAGGUUGAAGUUGUUCUGGAUGGUUCCAAGACCAGAACUGUCCUUUCAGGCCUCCUGCCAUCCAGAAAAUAUGUUGUUACACUAGUUACCAUGCAUGGAGACACAGCUUCAGAGCCAGUUACAGGCAACAUUCUCACAGGUAUGGACCCUCCCAGAGAGAUUAUGGUAUCAUACAUCUCUGAGGAUUCAGUAACAGUAUCAUGGGCUAAGCCGCUUGCUCAUUUUGAUUACUACAAAAUGUCCUACCAGUCUGCUAGAGCUCAAGUGGACAGUGUGGUGAUUAACAAGGAUGUGACAAACUAUACUCUGACCAGACUCCAUCCAGCAACAGAAUAUGAGAUCAAGUUAAACACUGUGCGUGGAAGCCAAGAGAGCAAGGUCAUCAGCACCAGUGUCUUUACAGCCAUGGACAUGCCAAUGGAACUGAUGGCGCUGAACGUCACUCCACAGGGAGCAUUGUUACGCUGGACUCCUCCACGCUCCAAUGUGGAUAACUAUGUACUGACCCUCACCCGCAGCCAAGUGACAGCAGACACAUUUCUAGUGGAAGGGAACAAGCAGGAAUAUCAGCUGAGUCAGCUUCUCCCUAGCACUCCCUACUCCAUUGCUCUCUAUGCCACCAAGGGCCCUUUGACCAGUGGCACUGUGAUCACCAGCUUCAUCACACCUAUGGAUGCUCCCCAGAAUCUGACUGCUAGUGAAGUCAACCACCGUAGUGCCCUCAUUUCAUGGCAACCACCCAUUGCAGACAUUGACAACUACAUGCUGACUUAUAAAUCAGCCGAUGGAAGCCGCAAGGAGCUAAUUCUGGAUGCUGAGGACACAUGGAUCCGUCUGGAGGGGCUGGCUGAGACAACAGAGUACACAGUGAGAUUGCAGGCAGCCCGAGGCCUUGAGACCAGUGCCAUUGUGUCUACAUCCUUCACAACUGGAAACCGGUUGUUUGCUGUGCCACAGAACUGCGCUCAGCAUCUUUUAAAUGGUGAACUUCUCAGUGGAGUUUACACUGUCUACAUCAACCGCGACCUCAGUCAGGGUGUACAGGUUUAUUGUGACAUGACUACUGAUGGUGGUGGCUGGAUUGUGUUUCAGCGUCGCCAGAAUGGCCUGACUGAUUUUUCCAGGAAGUGGAGUGAAUAUAGGGCUGGAUUUGGAAAUCUGGAGGAUGAGUUCUGGCUAGGUUUGGAGAAUAUUCACAAGAUUACAGCUCAAGGACGCUCUGAGCUACGCAUUGACAUGAGAAAUGGCCAUGAGGCAGUGUAUGCCAACUAUGACCGGUUCUCUAUUGGAGACUCCAGAAGCCUCUACAAACUAAGGAUAGGGGAAUAUAAUGGCACUGCUGGUGACUCUCUGAGCUACCACCAUGGUCGACCUUUCUCCACUAAAGACAAGGAUAAUGACAACGCUGUGACUAACUGUGCACUUUCCUACAAAGGAGCUUGGUGGUAUAAAAACUGUCACAGAGUCAACCUAAAUGGCAAAUAUGGAGAGUCCAGACACAGUCAGGGUAUCAACUGGCACAUGUGGAAAGGCCAUGAGUUCUCCAUCCCAUUUGUAGAAAUGAAGAUGAGACCCUAUAAUUAUCGCAGCAUCAGUGGCAAGCGAAGGAGGUCCACUCUACAUUAA